UGUCUGUCUUUCUGUCAUCUGGCUGUGUUUUUUUUGCGACCAAAUAAUACGAAUUUGUGAAUUUGUGUCACAUAAACAAACAAAAUGUGGUUCGAAAUAAUACCUGGCGCAGCGAUCAUCACCGUGGCCCUCUCCGUGCCAAUAUACGCGAUGUACGGUCUGCAGAAGCUGACAAUGGGCAACGCCUAUCGUCGCAAUAUGGACGAGCGUUUCUCCCGUGUCAUGUACCAACGCGAUUUCCGACUGACCAACAAUCCAUACAUCAUGAACGGUCUUGAUGAAGUUCCAGAUGAAGAUCAAAAUGAAAAAAAGAAUAAUCAGGGUGCAAAUAAUUAAAGAGAUCUGAUAACAAAUAAAAAUGUUAAAUUGAAUUGUGAUCUGUAAACAACUAGAAUAAACUAUAGAUGUU